AUGGCUGACCCAGAGGAUGGAGAUGAUCUCUUCGCUGAUCUUUACGAUGCCGAUGAGUCUACCAAUCGUACCACUGCAGCGACUGAGGCGCCGAAGCCUACUGAUGUAGGCGCGACCAACCCUGCUCCUGCUGGAGACGGUGCUGGACAGGAUUUCGCCCCUGCCCCUGUCAGCACAUAUGAAUCGCAGCCUGCUCAGCCUUCCGAGUUUGACCCGGGUUAUCACAAUGGCUCCGGAAACGCUUAUGGCACCCCUGCCACUACCCAGGCACCCCCUCCUAUCGAAACCGAGUCUCACGGAACAGGAAUCAAAGAAGACGGGUAA